AUUUCAACUGCCUUUUCGGAACUGUGACGAGGAGGAGAGUCGGACGGGUGUAAAGGGAUGAAAUAGGAUCCGCCGUGCGGUACAGAGCCCACAUACAGAAUAGCAAAACAGGAUUUUAUGAAGUGCAUAUAAUAGGAUGCGCUUGACCAGAAUAAUGACAGGAUUGUUCCCCACGCCAAUCUGUUACGUGAACUAAAGGUGUCCUCUUGUCAGCAUUAUUGUUCUUCAAAUCACUACAGCUUAAAGGAUCAAGUCUACUACUAACUUUUCAAGGAUAAUAUUCUCAAGAACUGAUUACUUUGCUGUUCAGCCACUACGUAUGUCUUGACGUCUUUAAGCAGAUGUGUGUCCAAUGGCCAAAUUAACAAAAUAUCGUCCGAAUAAUUCGGCAAUCCUCGCCAAGAGGGGUGAUGGUCAGGUCAUCUAUGACAACGCUGCAUUUCAGCACGACAACGGAAUUCAGUCUGACACUAACGGCACUAACCCGGAGCUAGCUUCGCCUGUAAGGGCUGCAGAGAAAGACGCCAACGAUCUGAAGUAUGACAUCAUCGAGAUCACGGAGAACGAGGCAGGUGAGGUGGCGUCGCCCGAGGACGAGAUGGACUGCUACAGCCGAGCCGUCCUGUCUGUUCAAAACGCCGUCUACGGGUUCUUCACAAACAACGCAAAAAUGCUGUGGACACUGACUUACUUGCUGCUACUUGCCGCCUACACAGGAUAUUUCAUCACAUCUAUGGUUUACAGGUUUGGAGAUGAAGGAUCCAUUCGUCUCUUGGUUGUGACGGUGCUGGUGGCCGUGUACUUGGUCUAUAGACUGGCUUGCUAUGUUCUUCAGCUCCAGGGUGCUUCUUGCGACAACUUAUCGCAAUACCUCGACAUGAUGUGGAAGUGCUGCAACAGGAUCAGGUUCAACAUCGUCCUGCCGGCAACGGUCUCAGCUGGUAUCGUCAUCUUCGUCAUCAUGGACGUCGCGCGGUUUAGGCCGCAGAAUCUCACCUCGGCUGGCGGCAUAGUAUUUUUCAUUGUCUUCUGCUACAUCUUUUCCCACAAUCCUGCCAAGGUGCGGUGGCGCCCAGUAGUCUGGGGUUUGCUGCUGCAGUUCAUCUUUGGGGCGCUGAUUCUGCGGACGGCAGCAGGGCGCGACACUUUCCGUUACCUUGGAGACCGCGUCUCGGAGUGUCUGGCCUACGCAGGCUCAGGGGCAAAGUUCGUGUUCGGCGAGCGCUACACAGAUCAUUUCUUUGCAUUCAGUGUAUUGUCAGUGGUGGUGUUUUUCUCAUCCUGUGUAUCCAUGCUCUACUACCUUGGCUUCAUGCAGUUUCUCAUCAGAAACCUGGGUCGCUUCCUGUCCUUCUGUCUGGGCACCUCCCCGGUCGAAUCCAUUAACGCAGCCAGCAACAUCUUCAUUGGCCAAAGCGAUGCUGCUUUGAUGGUCAAGCCAUUCCUGGCCAACAUGACAAUGUCCGAGCUGCAUGCCAUCCUCACUGGAGGGUUCGCUACCAUCGCUGGCUCCGUCAUGGCCGCCUACAUUAGCUACAAGGUGCCUGCUGACCACCUCUUGUCGGCAUCAGUCAUGUCAGCUCCAGCGGCUCUGGCCAUGUCAAAACUUCUCUACCCGGAGACAGAAAAAGUUAAAAAUACAGCUGAGGAAGUCUACAACAUGAAACGAGGGCUCCAGCGCAACAUCAUCCAGGCGGCGUCGGAAGGAGCCUCGCAGGCUGUGAGAUUAGCGGCCAACAUCGCAGUCAACCUCAUCGCCUUCGUAGCUCUCCUCGAACUCCUCAACUCCACUCUCACGUGGCUGGGUGAUCGUGUAGGCAUUGACAACCUCACCUUCCAGCUGAUGUGCUCGUACCUGUUCUGGCCGUUAGCAUUCCUGAUGGGUGUCGAAGCUCCAGAUCGCAGGGCUUUUGGUGAACUCGUUGGCACCAGGAUCGUUCUUAAUGAGUUUAUCGCCUAUACGGAUUUGUCUAAGUACAUCCACAACAGAGCGACGCUUGACCAGUAUUCACUAAAUUUUAGUAAGGGAUUAUCAACGCACCCGACAGGUUCUUGGAACUACACAAACGGUGGAAUCUACCUGAACGAUGUCGGUGUCUUCCUGGAAAAAGGUGUUAUAUCAGAACGAACCGUUGUAGUUGCGACGUACGCAUUAUGUGGGUUCGCGAACAUCGCAUCCAUGGGUCUGAUGCUAGGCGCCCUGGGUAGCAUGGCACCCAGCCGUCGAAGCGACAUCUCCAGCAUCGUGGUGAGAGCCAUGAUAGCCGGAAGCGUGGCCUGCUUCCUGACGGCCUGCAUCGCAGGGAUGCUUCUAGACUGACCUCAAGAGCAGCAGCGAAUUCGGUCCCAGUGUCUGACAAAGGGUUUGCUGCUUCUACAAAUAUAGUUUACAUCACGGAUGCAUAUUACUCUACAAAAGUCUGUGGCUUAUUUUGCAGUCGACCUGAACACCAGCCUUUCACCUUCUCUCGUCUGACUAAUGUCCAUCCCUGUACAUAGGUUCCACAGCCAGAAAUAUGCUGGAGACGAGAGCAGCCCACACCUCACCAUUCUCUCAUCGACUGCCCAUGCAUAUAGCCAGAUUAGGAAGUAAUGGAUGAGAAACCGUCUACACUGCAGGGGAAUGCUUGAGUGACCCAUCUCGAAUUUUGAAUGUAACUGACGAAAAAUAAAUAUAUUGCCUAACUGGC